AUGCGACUGGCCGUGGGAGCUCCCACCAGGCCCUUAAAUAUUAGAACCCUUACGGACGAUGUGCUGGACAGGUUUGCCAGCAUCCGCAUCCCUGGCAGCAAGAAGGAGCGACCGCACCUGGCCCAUGUCAAACACUCCACCUCCAGCGACUGGUCUGCCUCCUCCCAGCUCGAGGACCUGUCGGCCAAAAUCACCUCGGAGAAGGAGAUCCUGGCCUUGUUUGAGAAGAUGAUGGAGGAUAUGAACUUAAAUGAAGACAAGAAAGCCCCUUUAAGGGAGAAGGAGCUCACCAUGAAGAAAGAGAUGGUCAUUCAGUACAUCAUCACAGCCUCUAAAACAGGUGGCCUGAGGAGCAGCCAUCAGAUCCAUCCGCAGGAGUUUCUGAACGAGCUGAAAGCGGGCGUGGCGGGCGAGAGGCUCGUUGCCUGCCUGGACUCCCUUCGGGUCUCGCUGACCAGCAAUCCUGUCAGCUGGGUGCAGAGCUUUGGACAUGAAGGCCUGGGUCUGCUGCUGGACACUCUGGAGAGGCUGCUCCACAGGAAACAGCCGGAAAGCGUGGACAGAAAGAGCCAGCACAAAGUGAUCCAAUGCCUGAAAGCCUUCAUGAACAACAAGUAUGGCCUGGAGAGGAUCCUGAGCGAGGAGAAGAGCCUGACGCUGCUGGCCCAGGCCAUGGACCCCAGCCAGCCCGCCAUGAUGACGGACGCGGUCAAGCUGCUGUCGGCCAUCUGCAUCGUGGGCGAGGAGAACACUUUGGAGAAGGUCCUUGAAGCCAUAACUAUUGCAGGGGAGCGGAGGAGCAUUGAGAGGUUCAGCCCCAUUGUUGAAGGUCUCCGCGAUCGCUCCGUGCAAUUACAAGUUGCCUGCAUGCAGCUCAUUAACGCCCUGGUCACAUCUCCUGAUGAGCUGGACUUCAGAAUGCACAUCAGGAAUGAAUUCAUGCGGUGUGGACUGAGGGAGAUAUUGCCGCGUCUGAAUGCUAUCAGGAGCGACGCGCUGGACAUUCAGCUGCGGGUGCACGACGAACACAAGGAGGAGGACAUGAUGGAGUUCUUCCACAGACUGGAGGACAUUAAGGGCGAGCUGGACGAUGUGGGGGACGUUUACAACAUGGUCGUGAGCACGGUGAAGAACACCAGCGCCGAGGGCCACUUCCUCUCCAUCCUGCAGCACCUCAUGCUCGUCCGGAACGACUACUUCGUCCGGCCUCAGUACUUCAGGAUUAUAGACGAGUGCGUCUCUCAGAUCGUGCUCCAUCGCAGCGGCACCGAUCCAGACUUCUCUUACCGAAAGCGGCUGGACGUGGACUUCACUCACCUCAUAGAGGUGUGUGUGGACAAAGCGCGAGCUGAUGAGUUUGAGCAGAGGGCUUUGGAACUGGCACAGAAGUUCGACGAGGAGUUCAUGGGCAGGCAGGAAGCCGAAGCGCAGCUGCUGAAGAAGGACGAGAAGAUCAACGAGCUGGAGGCAGAGCUGCAGGCCUUCAGGUCCCAGUUCGGAGCGGUGCCGGUCGGGAUCGGCACCGCCCAGCCAGCGCGGGACUUAUCCUCGGCGCCGCCCCCUCCCCCCCCUCCUCCGGGGGCUUCCGCACCCCCUCCGCCCCCACCCCCGCCUCCUCUCCCGGGCUGUGGCCCCAUCCCCCCGCCCCCCUUCCUCCACGCCUCCGGAGUGCCUCCCCUGGGUGCCCCCCCUCCGCCCCCCCUGGGGCUCGGGGGAGGGCUGUCCUCGCCCCCCCACGCUCUGCCUUUCGGCCUGAGGCCCAAGAAGGAGUUCAAGCCUGAGAUCUCCAUGAGGCGCCUCAACUGGUCCAAGAUCCGACCUCAGGAGAUGUCCGAGAGCUGCUUCUGGGUAGUGGCAAAUGAAGACAAAUACGAGAACGCUGACCUGCUCGCCAAGCUCGCUCAUACCUUUGGUUCGCAGAAACUAGCCAAAGCCAAGAAGGAGGAGGAAGAGCUGGAGGAGAAGAGAUCCAUCAAGAAGAGGAUCAAAGAGCUCAAAGUCUUAGAUCCGAAGAUCGCUCAGAACCUCUCCAUCUUCCUGGGCUCCUUCCGGAUGCCCUACCAGGAGAUCAGGAGGAUCGUGCUGGAGGUGGACGAGGAGCAGCUGACGGAGCCCAUGAUACAGAACCUGGUGAAGCACCUUCCAGAGCAGGAGCAACUGAAUGCUUUGGUGAAGUACAAGAGCGACUACGCAAACCUGUCCGAGCCGGAGCAGUUCGGGGUGGUGAUGAGCAGCGUGAAGAGGCUCCGGCCACGCCUCAACUCCAUCCUCUUCAAGCUGCAGUUCGAGGAGCAGGUCAACAACAUCCGGCCCGACAUCAUGGCGGUGAACGCCGCCUGCGAGGAGGUCCGCAAGAGCCGCAGCUUCGGCCGGCUGCUGGAGCUGGUGCUGCUCAUGGGGAACUACAUGAACGCCGGCUCCCGCAACGCCCAGUCCUACGGCUUCGACCUCAGCUCGCUCUGCAAACUGAAGGACACCAAAUCCGCAGACCAGAAGCAGACCCUGCUGCACUUCCUGGCUGAGACGUGCGAGGAGAGGUUCCCCGAGGUGCUCAAGUUUCCGGAGGACCUGCAGCACGUGGACAGAGCCAGCAGAGUGUCAGCGGAGAGCCUGGAGCGGAGCCUGAAGCAGAUGGAGAGGCAGCUCGCGCAGCUGGAGAAAGACCUGGAGACCUUCUCCUGCCCUGACGACGCGCAGGACAUGUUCGUGACCAAGAUGUCCAGCUUUGCCCUGCACGCGCGUGAGCAGUACCAGAAGCUGCUUAUCAUGCACAGCAACAUGGGGACCCUGUACCAGAACAUGAUGCAGUACUUCGCCAUCGACCCCAAGAAGACCUCCGUCGAGGAGUUCUUCACCGACUUGAGCAACUUCCGCUCCAUGUUCACGCAAGCGGUGCGGGAGAACACGCGGAGACGCGAGGCAGAGGAGAAGCAGCGAAGGGCGCGGGCGGCCAAGGAGAAGGCGGAGCGGGAGAAGCAGGAGAGGCAGCAGAAGAAGAAGCGUCUCCUGGAGGUGAACGCGGAAAACGAUGAGACCGGAGUGAUGGAUAGCUUGCUGGAGGCCCUGCAGUCGGGAGCGGCGUUCAGAGACCGGCGGAAGCGUGUGCCCAGGAGCAGAGAUGUCCGGGAAAGCCUCAGUCCUCAGCGGCCUGUUUUGAAGCCUUGUAACCAUGAAAACCAGAAGGCACCUUUGCAAAGGUCACGGUCUCGGCAGAAUAUCAAUUUCAACUCGACAAGAGCGCCCAUCGCCAAGGAUCUUAAUUACGAGGCUGAUCCUCAUUCAUCUGCAGCCCGCAGCAAAGCACCAGCGAAACAGGAGGCCCACAACAACGCAGCCAGCAGAGAGAGGGAGAAGGAGAGGGAGAGGGAGAGGGAGAAGGAUGGAGAGGCACAGCCUGUUACCUGCCCCUCUAAUGGAGAGAGUGAUGUGGAGGCCCUCCUUGCCAGAUUGAGGGCCCUGUAGUAUGUUCCAGGGUGUACUCCCCACCUGUCUUUUUACCCGUAGGGGUGGUCUACACACACGCACACACACACGCGCAAACACACACUCACACAUACACACA